CUGAUUGACAUUAGAGUCCUGUCUGGGAGAGAUCACUCACCAUGACCUCAUGGUUUUGAUAUCUGAAUCACUCUGACUUUUUUAAACAAGGAAAUUCUUCUCUGGUCUUAGGAAAAGACAAAAGGAAGGAGCAGAAGUGUCAAGGUUCUCAAGAGAAAAUGAAAAAGAGUCAAUGGAAAAGCAAGGAACAGAAAAAGUGUCAAGGUUUUGAAGAGAAAACAAAGAAAGAGCCAGACUUCUGGAUUGAGAAAGCAGAACAAACAGUUGAAAUUUUGGAAACCCAACACAGAUCUAAUAAUCUGCGCUUUAGAGGCAUAUCAGAAGAUUUUGGAAGACAAAACUUGGAAGAAAAAUUUCGAGAAUUGCUUCAAGAUUAUCUGAAGAUACAAGGAAAUUGCCUUGAUUUUGACCAGAUAUUCAGAGUGAAUUCAAAAUCUGCAUUUAUGAACCAGUUACCUCGAGAUAUUUUUGUUCGAUUCUCUCAUAAGAAAACACGAGAUGCAAUAUUAAGGAAGCAAAGAGAUUUAGCAUUUAAAGUAGCAGAAAAAGAAAUAAAGAUCUUUCAGGAUCUACCACCAAGUGUUUUAAGGAAAAGAAAAGACUUUGAUUUUCUGACACAAAUUUUACAAGAGAAGGAAAUAAGAUACCAGUGGAAAAUACCAUUUGCAAUAGAGGUAGAUCUACCAAGAGGAAGGAAAGUAAUUAAAACAGAAGAACAAGCUAAAUUAUUGGUUGAAGAACUGCAAGCAGAAGACUUAAAUAGAAGAACUAAAGAAAAAUGUUUAAUCAACCCAAAGGUGAUCUAAGAGCUCAAAAGUUGACAUAGUAGUGGCAUCAACAUUGGGCCAAAAUGGAUAAAUUAAAAAUAGUAUCAGUAGAUACUAACAGACUGAAAUCUCCUACAAAUGCAUGAAAAUUGAAAAUCUUUUAAAUCAUUUAAAAAAACAAAAUGUUGAUAUUGUAUGUUUACAGGAAACUCACAUAAAGAAGAAAACAUGAGUUUAUCGUAAAUAAAAAAAAAUAUGCAGAGUA